UGAUGAAACUCAACUACCCGAAACCAAUUAUUGGUCAUUUAAAAAGCAUGAUUUUUUCCCUGAAAAAUCCUUCAGUUCUUUCUCUGACUACAAAUCCGGCCUUUCCCAGAUUUUCCCACGUCUCAAAGAUCGAUUAUUGAGUCGUUCUUCUGACUCUUUCGAGCUUUUUGAAUUAAGGAAAGAAAGUGUUAACCCUUUAAGCAAAUGUUUGACUUGGUAGGAUUUAAUUUGGCUUAGUUUUGGAUCUGUUGUCGGGUCGGGUAUUUUCAGUAUUACGGGUCAAGAAGCUCAUAACCAUGCUGGCCCUGCAAUUGUACUUUCUUAUGCAAUUUUUGGGAUUUCUGAUUUACUAUCAGUGUUUUGUUAUACUGAAUUUGUCGUAGAAGUCCCUGUUGCUGGUGGGUCUUUUUCUUUCCUUAAAAUUGAACUUGGUGAUUUUAUUGCUUUCAUUGCUGCUAGUAAUAUACUCCUUGAAGCUAUUGUUGGUGCUGCUGGUUUAGGUAGAUCAUGGUCAUCUUAUUUUGCUAGUAUGAUCAAUGAUAAUUCUGAUUUCUUGCGGAUUCGAGUUCAUUCUCUCCUAGAAGGCUUUAAUCUUCUGAUUUCCUGCAGAAAGUGAAAAUGAGAUGAAGAAGAAGGUCCCUUUUAAGAGUCACGUGAUGGUCAAAGGCCAAAAUUAACGGUCAACUGUUAAAAUCCGUUAAAAGGAGACGAUAUCAUCGAGGAACCCUUCUAGUUGAUAGCUGUGGACUGGACUUGACUCCUUAAAGUGACGUUGUCGAUUGCUUACAGUACUAGUCGGGAACGAUGGGACAGCAGAGCUGAUUAGAGUAUACCUUGAAGAUAUUUUGAAUUUGACUACGUAUAGAAGUUGUAGUGUUUGCGUUGGGCUUUAGCAAAAUAUACUGGCUUGACCGCAUAAGUAUAUGGCGCGCUAUUGUUUGUCUCAUCUUCAUGUCUACUCAAGCUCCAUUGAUUGCUUAGGAAAGAAGCUACCUACGUAUGGGGUUGGUAGAAAUAUUUGCCAAUCAUAUGUAAUAAAGUUCUCAUCCAUUCUUAAUGUAAAGGGGUUUUCCAAGGUAUCUUACUGUUCAAAACGAGAUACUCCCAAAUUUCCACUCUUUUCCUCUGCUAGAAAUGUGGACAAUUCAUUAAAAGGUGUGCAAACCAUCAGUCAACGUGUAUUUUCACAUUCUGUCACUGCCAAUGGUGCCGCAUCAAGUGAAGCUUUUCCAAAUGGUAGGGUGAUGCUCAUUGAUGGAAGCGCUAUUAUAUACAGAGCCUACUACAAACUUUUAGCAAAAUUGCACCAUGGCUAUCUUUCUAACGCUGAUGGUAAUGGAGACUGGGCAUUGACCAUAUUCGCAGCUUUAUCUCUUAUAAUAGAUGUACUCGCUUUCAAUCCAUCACAUGUUGCGGUGGUGUUUGACCAUAUUGGAACUCCAUAUGGUGAAAUCACUAUUUCCUCAAAACAAAGUCUAAUGUUCAAAGGCACAAAUUUUCGCCACACCAUGUAUCCACAAUAUAAGAGCAACCGUGGCCCUACGCCUGAUACGGUGGUUCAAGGACUUCAGUACUUAAAAGCGUCCAUCAAGGCUAUGUCAAUUAAAGUAAUUGAGGUGCCUGGUGUUGAAGCUGAUGAUGUUAUAGGAACUCUUGCUUUAAGGAGUGUCGAUGCUGGUUACAAGGUACGGGUUGUGUCACCAGAUAAAGAUUUCUUCCAGAUUCUGUCACCUUCAUUGCGUCUUCUGAGGAUUGCUCCACGUGGAGAUGAGAUGGUCUCAUUUGGCUUGGAGGAUUUUGCCAAAAGAUAUGGAACUCUAAGUCCUUCGCAGUUUGUUGAUGUUGUUGCACUUGUUGGUGAUAAAAGUGAUAACAUCCCAGGGGUAACAGGAAUAGGGGAAGUGAAUGCAGUUCAGUUGAUAACGGAAUUUGGUUCUCUGGAAGAAUUGUUGUCUAAUGUUGAUAAAGUGCGACAAGAUCAUAUAAGAGAGGCUCUAAUUUCAAGUACCGAUCUCGCCCGCAUGAGUAAAGAACUGGCAAUUCUACGUUCUGAUCUUCCUCAUUAUCUUGUUCCAUUUGCUACAACUGACCUGUUCUUCCGAAAGCCAGAGGAUGAUGGAGAGAAGUUCACUGCCCUGUUGAACGCAAUCAGUGCAUAUGCUGAAGGUUUUUCAGCAGAUCCUAUCAUCAGAAGGACUCUCUACUUGUGGAAGAAUUUAGAGACAUCUUAAUCGAACGACGAACGUGCAAAGGUGAAGGGGCUGGAAAGUUUUACGCUGUAAAACAAAGUUUACAAAUUAUUAGAAGUGUUCAUUCGGGUGAUUGGGUCGGUUUCGAACGGGUGUCAUUUAGUUCGAUUGAAUUUCGGAUUGGUUAUUAAUCGGAUGCGUGUUACGGCAGGUCACAUUCGGGCCUGGUCGGUCACUCACGGUUCCGUUGAAGAUCAGUUAUUCGAGCUAUCGGGUUUGUAUCAGUUCAGUGUCGAUUGAAGUUCGAGUCGAGUGUCAAUCGGUCUCGAGUUGUUAUCGGUUAACAAUUGGUUCGGUUUUAUCGGGUAUAGAUUGAAUCCGGGUAUUUUUUUUCAAGUAAAAUUCGGCUACGAGUUAAUAAUUAUUAUCGAUCGAGUCAAUAUCACAUUAAUUUGCUAGUCAUUUUUUAAUUUAUGACAAUAUUCUCUUUACUUAGUUAAAAUGCAAAUCAAUUAAUAAUUAUUACUUUGUUAGUUUUACUUGUUUGACUGUAAAUUAAAAUUAAAGUUCUAUCAUUUUUCAUCUAAUUUGAUUAAAAAUAGUUUAUUAGACUUUAAUCAUUGAUUAUAACUCUAAAUAAAUAAAAUCAUAUAUUUUUAAAAUUUAAUUUAUGAAAAUAUUUAUUGCUUUAUUAGAUUAACUAAUAAGAUGAUUGAAUAUGAGUUGAUCAUACUUUUAUGUUAGAAAUUGUUUCAGGUUUAUAGUUGUUCGAUUAACAAUUGGUUCGGGCUAAAUUGGUUAUAGUCGGGUUGAGUUCGGUUUCGAGUAUGGUAGGGGUCGGAUAUGACUCGGUUCGAUUACUAUUAGGUUCGGGUAAUCUCGGUCAACGGUUACAUAUUGGUUUUAAAAAUCGGUCGCAGUUCGGAUUCAGUUUUCCAUUUUCGGUUGUCAAUCGGUUUAGGUGCAACUUCGGUUCGAGUAAUGUCGGCUCGAUAAAUCUAAAAAAGAUACGCAUUUUUAGGUUGGAUAACUUUUGAUUUCGAGUCGCAUUUUCGGAUCGGAUCACAUUUGAACAGCUCCACAAAUUACUAUUGGUUUAAUUUAGAAUAAUUUGUGAAUUACAGCCUUAAAGUUUAGUACUUUUGCGAAUUACAGCCACAAUGUUUAUUUUUUGCGAAUUACAAUCACCUACGUGUCAAAGUUUGUAGCUUCAGGCCAAAACACAAAAUUCCGACUAUUUUAGUCGUCGGAAUUUUAGGUUAAGUGGUUGAAGUUCUGCGUUUUUAGCCUGAACCUGUAAAUUUUGAUACUUUGGUGGCUGUUGAAAGUUGAUAGGAGAUGUGAACUCUCUAAUCUAUAGGGGGUGAAUA